CGCCCCUUCCGCCCGCCUACAGGCGACCCGGAAUUUGUAGUUGCGACGCUGCUUUCCUCCUCCCACAAUCCUUUGCACCCUUCCUUUCCAACUUGGGCCCGGCAGAAUGGCUCCCGCAAAGAAGGGUGGUGAGAAGAAGAAGGGCCGGUCCGCCAUCAACGAGGUGGUGACCAGAGAAUACACUAUCAACAUUCACAAGCGCAUCCACGGAGUGGGUUUCAAGAAGCGUGCGCCUCGGGCGCUCAAAGAAAUCCGGAAAUUUGCCAUGAAGGAGAUGGGAACUCCAGAUGUGCGCAUUGACACCAGGCUCAACAAAGCUGUCUGGGCCAAAGGAAUAAGGAACGUCCCAUACCGUAUCCGUGUGCGAUUGUCCAGAAAACGGAAUGAAGACGAAGAUUCACCAAACAAGCUCUAUACAUUGGUUACCUAUGUACCUGUCACCACGUUCAAAAAUCUACAGACAGUUAAUGUGGAUGAGAACUAACUGCUGAGUGUCAUAAAUAAAGCUCUAGAACCACC